AUGAACUCAACCAGACGUCUUGACAGCCUGAGCGAAGCUCUCUCAAAGAACUUAAUCACAUUUGCUAUGGCUGUCAUCAUUAACUUCAUCAAUGGAACUUUUGUCUACACCUACUUUAAGAGCCACGUCUUCCAGAGAGACCCCAGGUAUGUGCUGUACAUACAUUUGGUUAUCAAUGACAUGAUCAUGCUGACAGUUUCUGUGGCGCUGCAGAUCAUGACCUACACCAUUCCCCUGAAACUGACUCCCUGCUGCAUUCUGCUCCUCAUCUUAGCCAGUACAAACAAGAACAGCCCUCUGAACCUGGCUGGCAUGGCACUCGAGCGUUAUAUUGCUGUUUGCAAACCUCUUCAUCACGUCCAGAUCUGCACCGUGCAGCGGACCUACGGUUUCAUCACACUGAUCUGGGCCGUCUCCAUCAUGCCCAGCGUCACAGAUGUCGUCUUCCUUGUUGCCACCCAGCCUCUUUCUAUCUUCUCAAGAAACGUCAUCUGCUACUAUUCCAACAUCUUCAGCACACGGUUCCACAAGACACACAGGGAAAUUGUCCAGGGUCUUCUGCUUUGCUUCGUCUUCCUUACUGUGCUCAUCACCUACUUGAAUGUCCUCUGCGCUGCCCGGGCGGCCUCAGGUUUGAACCAGGCCUCAGCCAGAAACGCACGUAACACCAUCCUGCUGCACGGAGUCCAGCUCCUCAUCUGCAUGUCCACCUUCAUUGCUCCAUUCAUCAACAUCAUGUUAGUCACCGCUUGGCCCGACAAACGCCCCACGAUACUCUUCACCACCCACCUGGUGUCCGGUAUACUUCCACGUCUGCUCAGUCCGCUCAUAUACGGCAUCAGAGACAAGACGUUCAGCAGCCACAUCAGGAUGCUCUACUGCUGGAGCUGUUAUCCUGCAGAGAAGAGGGUGAACCCGAUGGGACCCCAGAGCAGGUCCAAAAAGGUCUCACACUGA